CGGUCCAAAUAAGCCAACGAGCCGAUUAACCAUUUUUCUCACGCAGCUUAUUAUUGUUUUUGACCUUCAUUUUCUGACUCUCGAUCUUCACGGCCUUUGCUCCCUCCUCCCUCAUCGAUCUCUCCAAAAAAAAAAAAAAAAAAAUACUAGGGUUUCGACUUUCGAGCUCCGGACCCACCGACCUCCCCCACCUGCUCCCCAAAACCUCCACCUCCCCGGCGACGGCCUAGAUUCUUUGCUACUGCUGCUCCCUCUGCUGCCGCCUCUAGGGUUUACAGAUCUAAGCCAGCUCUCACUCCCCAGCUCAGCUUUCUCUCUCUUCACCAUGUUUUGGAAGCUCACUUCUGCCGCCUCUCCUGUGGAGACAGUGCUAGACAAGGAAAAUUUUACAUUAGAGGAGCUUCUGGAUGAAGAAGAGAUUAUCCAAGAAUGCAAAGCCUUAAACACUCGUCUCAUUAAUUUUUUACGGGAUAGAGCCCAGGUGGAGCAAUUAUUGCGUUAUAUUGUUGAAGAACCUCCUGAGGAUGCUGAAAGCAAACGAGCCUUCAAGUUCCCCUUCAUUGCUUGUGAGGUUUUUACUUGUGAAAUUGAUGUUAUCUUAAAGACUUUGGUGGAUGAAGAGGAGCUAAUGAACUUACUUUUCUCUUUCUUGGAACCAAAUCGUCCUCAUAGUGCCCCGUUGGCUGGGUAUUUUGGCAAGGUUGUUGUAUGUCUAAUGAUACGGAAGACAGCCCCACUUAUGAACUAUGUUCAAGCCCAUCAGGAUGUUUUCCGUCAGCUAGUUGAUUUGAUAGGAAUUACGUCCAUCAUGGAGGUUUUGGUUCGACUUGUUGGUGCGGACGACCAUGUGUAUCCCAAUUUUAUUGAUGUGAUGCAAUGGUUAGCUGAAAGUAAUCUGCUUGAAAUGAUCGUAGAUAAGUUGAGCCCAACUAAUUCUCCUGAAGUUCAUGCUAAUGUAGCUGAAACACUUUCUGCUAUAACUCGAAAUGCUCCUUCGGCCCUAGCCAACAAACUUUCUAGCCCAAGUUUUGUUACAAGGAUAUUUGGUCACGCAUUGGAAGAUUCACAUUCAAAGUCUGGUCUUGUACACUCACUUUCUGUCUGCAUCUCUUUGUUGGAUCCGAAAAGAUCAGCAGUUUCUUCUCCCUUGUUCCAUUCUUUUCGGGGCCAACAUAUGUAUGAGUCUCCAGUCCCUGUUAAUCCAGAUACUGUCAGUGCAAUGCUCCCAAAACUUGGCGACUUGCUUGUGCUUUUGAAUGUGUCAUGGGAUGAGAAAACAUUGCCGACGACAUACGGAGAGUUGAGGCCUCCACUUGGAAAGCAUCGUUUAAAGAUUGUGGAGUUCAUUGCUGUUCUACUGAGAUCAGGCAAUGAAGAGGCAGAAAAGGAAUUGGUUAGCUCAGGAACCAUCCAACGAGUCAUUGAUCUUUUCUUUGAGUACCCUUACAAUAAUUCCUUGCAUCAUCAUGUAGAUAGUAUAAUAUCGUCAUGUUUGGAAAGCAAGAGUGAUGCCAUUGUUGACCAUCUUCUUCGAGAGUGUGAUUUAAUUGGAAAGUUUCUUCAAACGGAUAAAAAUCCCAUUCUAUCUGGUGAUGCUAAUAAGCCAACGGUACCUGCUACUGGAAAAUCAGCACCACGAGCAGGAAACCUCGGACACAUCACAAGAAUUUCUAAUAAGCUCAUUCAGUUGGGAAACAGCCAAAGCCGGGUUCAGGCAUGCCUUCAGGAAAAUAGCGACUGGAAUGGGUGGCAAACAACAGUUUUGCAGGAGCGCAAUGCAGUUGAAAAUGUGUAUCGAUGGGCUUGCGGUCGCCCUACUGCUUUGCAAGACCGGACAAGGGAUAGUGACGAGGAUGACAUGAAUGACAGAGAUUAUGAUGUAGCGGCUCUAGCAAAUAAUCUAAGCCAGGCUUUUAGAUACAAAAUCUAUGGGAAUGAGGAUGCAGGAGAGGACCAAGGAGCUCUUGAUCGAGAUGAUGAGGAUGUCUACUUUGAUGAUGAAUCUGCUGAAGUGGUCAUAUCAUCCUUGCGUCUUGGUGAUGACCAAGGAAGCAGUUUAUUCACAAAUUCCAACUGGUUUGCAUUCCAAGAUGAUAGAACCGGUGAUGAACCUGUGGGCACAUCACUGUCAGAGAUGGAAGAAGUAAACUUGAACGGCACUGCAAAUGGUGGUAAUAGCAGUAGUGAUGAUGAGGUUGUGGUAGGGGAGGAUGAUGAGUUGGCCGGGAGUAAAGAGACUGUCAAUGGCGCGUCCAGUUCCAACAGAAACCUUAUGAAUGGAUUUAGCAACGGUGGUAACAUGAACCCAGAUGGCGAGAAGACAAGUGCCUCCAGUGACUUGGGGGGUUUCUUCAGAUUUGAGACAUCUGAUAAUGAUGACAUGUUUGGAGACAGGCCUUUGCCUGAAUGGGUGGGAUGGAGUGAAUCAUCAGAUUUGCAAGUCGGCGGCGCAAGUGUUAAUCCAUUUGAGGAUCAUGAUGACGCAGUUGUCAAUCCUUCAACUGCCGAGGUAGUGGCACCAGAUGCUGGUGCUAGUUUGCACUCAAGUGGAGAACCUACACUUCCAAAUGGCUCUCCUCCAUCCUCCACUGCUUCUACUGCAGGGUCAGUGGGCAGUGAUGUGAGCCAGAGAUCAGCUGCUGUCCCAUCACUGUUUGAAGAGGAUGUUGAAUUCGUGGGUGUGGAAUUGGAUGGUACUGAGAAGGCUAUGGAGCAGGCUCUUAAAGAGGGUAUCGUAGGGGAGGCAGGGCCAUUGAAGAAAAACAUUAUGCCGAAGGUGCCAGAAAAAGAGAACCCUGAUGACGGUGAGGCUGCAAAUAAGGAGUUCAAUGACACCAACUAUUGGAGGGUUGAUCAGGAAGUGGCUGUUUUGGAGUAAAUUGUGGGUUUAUCCUUCUUAAGGCUGUUUGAAUCUGAAAUUGAGUCUGAAAGCCAGGGCCCCAAUUUCCGGUUGGCAGCAUGUCAGCGGCUUAUGCAGCAGCAGCAGUCAUGUACAGUAUAUUUUUGUUUCGAAGGUAGGUUGUGUUAUGGUUAUUUUCUGUUUAUUUAUUGUUAACUCAUUGUUUAUUAUUGAAAGGUUUGUUUCUCCCUGAUACCGAGUAUGGGAAUUUCCCAGAUCCAAAAUGUUUUCCGUAUUUUCGUUUCUGGCUGGAAUCAUUCGUAAUGUGGGAUCUAUAUCUAUCAUUGUGGCAUCCGGACUGAUUUAAGUAUAAAUUGGUUAGGUAUUGUUGUGAUUCUAUACGUAUCUACUGCAGUUUUGAUGGUCA